UUAGAGCCAUUUCCAUUGCUCGGUCACAAAUAUAAAUAUCAUACUUACCUGAUAUAUGAUUCAACUUCAAACACCCCUUUCCAUUCCAUUCUUCUUUCUUCCACACUUAAAAGUCAUGGCUGAAUUGCUUCUUUUCAGCUCUGCAGAAUCGCUCCUCGGGAAGCUUGCUUCUGCUGCCCUUCAAGAAGUUUCUCUAGCGUUUGGUGUGCACCGCCAUCUUCAACACAUGAAAGAAACUAUGGAACUCAUAAGAGGUGUGCUUUUAGAUGCUGAGAAAAAGAAUCCGCAUAGCAGUGCCCUGAGUGAAUGGCUGACUCAAAUCAAGCGUGUGUUUUCUGAUGCUGAAGACAUAGUAGAUGAUUUUGAGUGUGAAGCCUUGCGGAAAGACGUUGUCAACACCUAUGGAAGCUGCUCAAGAAAGGUACACCGCUUCUUCUCAUCAAGUAAUCCUGUUGUUUAUCGUCUUAGAAUGGCGCAUCACAUUCAAAACAUCAACACCAGGUUGGCCAAACUUGCAGCUCAAAGAAGCAUGUUUGGCCUUCAAGUCAUUCACCAAGACACACGUAUCGUGCAUGUGAGGGAAAUGACUCAUUCUCAUGUAAACCCUUCCAAUGUUAUAGGGAGGGAACAUGAUAAACAAGAAAUAAUAAAUCUUCUGUUGCAAGAUGAUCAUGGCCAAAGUCUCUCUGUUAUUCCCAUUGUGGGAAUGGGAGGCUUAGGAAAGACCACACUUGCUAAGUUGGUCUUUAAUGACACCACUAUUCAUGCAUGUUUUCCGUUGAGGAUGUGGGUGUGUGUUUCCAAUGAUUUUGAACUUAGGAACGUGCUCAUUAAAAUCCUCAAUUCUGCUCCAAACCCAAUUGGAGAAAACUUCAAUAACUUUGAGACAGAGCAACUUCAAAUUCGUUUGAGAAAUACACUUCAUGGGCAGAAGUUCUUGCUCGCAUUGGAUGAUGUAUGGAACGAGGAUCCAGCAAGAUGGGAUGAGUUGAAGGAAAUAAUAGAUAUGGGUGUUGAAGGGAGUAAAAUCCUAGUAACUACUCGUAGCCAAAAAGUAGCUGCCAUUAUGCAUACUAAAUCUUCAAAUUUGUAUCUUCUUCAAUGUCUCUCUAAAGAGGAUUCUCUUUCUUUAUUUGUGAAAUAUGCUUUUGAAGAUGGAGAUGUGAUGAAACAUCCACAACUAUUGAAAAUUGGAGAAGAAAUAGUAAAAAAAUGUGGAGGGUUACCAUUGGCGGUGAAAACGGUAGGGAGUUCAUUGUUCUCAAGGGUUGAUGAAAAAGAGUGGGAGAGUGUAAGAGACAAUGAGAUUUGGAAUUUAAAACAAAAUGAAAAAGACAUUUUGCCUGCUCUCAAACUAAGUUACGAUCAACUCCCUUCAUACUUAAAACCUUGUUUUGCUUCUUUCUCUCUUUACCCAGAAGACACUUAUAUUUUUAGUUCUCAAGUUUGUCUGUUCUGGGGAGUACUUGGUUUUCUUCCAACACCAAAGGCAAGUGAAUCAAUAAUUGAUGUUGCCACUCAAUUGUUGCAUGAGCUAUGGUCAAGAUCUUUUCUUUCAGACUAUGAAGACUUGGGAGGUGAUUAUCGGUUUAAAUUACAUGAUUUGGUGGUUGAUCUUGCCGAAUAUGUUGCAAAGGGUGAGUUUGAAAUAAUCCAAAACCACAAUCCAAACUUAAACAAGAAUGCCCAUCAUUUGGUGUUAAUGAAUAAUAAUUUGCUUGAUAAAGCUCUUCUUCCCUCAAGUCUAAGAACUAUUAGUUUUCCCACUGGAGCUAAUAAUGAAGAUUUCUUGAAUACAUUGGUGUCAAGAACUCCCGGAUUCAAUUUGCAAACUUCAAAAUUUGCAAAAUUUGAACCUUAG